AUGGAGAAGACCUCUGCAACCCCAUCUGAACUUCCUCGCUUCCCCCAGUCUCUGGCUAACCCUAAUUACAAGCUAUGCGAGAAUUGCAAAUAUUUACAAUUGACGGAAAAGAAUUUCAUUGAGAUCUCUGAGAAUGGCAUAUCAGAGAUCGAAAAGUACAACUUCACCGACUCAGCUCCUGACUUUCCACUCUUAAACAGAUCAGCGAACAAUGGAUGCGUCUUUUGUUCCUUGCUCAGGGACACGCUAUGCUCGCCUGAAGUCGAGUUCGACAUGCAUGAAUUCAAACGCAUCAGAAGCGUCUACCAUGCUAACCCAGGAACGAGGCUGGACUUUCAGCGAGCUCAAUUCUGUCUACUGCCUUAUGGCGAGGAUGGAAACGAGUUCUGGCUAAAUUUCGAAAUAUGGAUCAUUCACCCGGGUAGGAACGAUACUUGCCUUAUGUUCGCUAUUGAGGAUCCAUCGGGCAGUUUGGAACUCCUUCCAAGUGAACCUUCACUAGCUGGGAGCGAUCUUAGGUUACGAGCAGUUCCGCCAAGCGACACACUGGGAAAAAACACAAAGGACUUUCUCCAGGAGGCGAUAAAAAUAUGUGAAAUGCAUCACAGUGACUGCAAAUCAAACAGAACAGCUUCCUUUACGCCCACUAGGCUGGUCGACGUACGUGGAAAGGAUGUCAAACUUGUUGAGGGCCCCAUGAUCUCCAACUCAUCCUCCAGUACACCCAAAUACGCAGCGCUGAGUUACUGUUGGGGCCCCCCCUCCGCUGCUCAACGCCAACUGAAGACGGACGAGGGCAAUUAUCACCAACAUUUGAUCGAAAUUCCCACCAGCCAGAUGCCCCUUCUACUUCAAGACGCUAUCCGCACCGCCAGAGAACUUCACAUUCCAUUUCUUUGGGUCGACAGUCUAUGCAUUAUUCAAGGUAAUGAAAAGGACUGGAAGGAAGAAGCCAACAAAAUGCAUCAAGUCUACGGCAACGCAUACAUAACCAUCUGCCCAGUGAUAUCCAAGUCUUGUGAGCGGGGCUUUUUACACCGAACUCCACCCAGCCUGUCACUUCCAUACCUUGCGCGUUCAGGCAAGCCCAACGGAACGUACAGUGUCCGAUAUCAGCGCUCAUGGAUCUGGAAGAUGUACAUGGACACCUCAUCUGAUCCAUUUUUUGAAGACCUGAUAUCAGGAUCCUGGGUUCGGAGAGGCUGGACAUUCCAGGAGGCAGCAUUGUCUUCAAGAACCAUUCUGUUUGGCUCUACGGCUACUCACUUCCAAUGCAAGAGGUCACGAAUAACCGAGGGAGGGAGUGAGGUCCCUGUCGACAUCAAGGACUUAGGUCUCUUUCCACUUCUUCCAGCUAAUCUUACCGAGGAUGGCUUUCACUCAGCUUGGAGAACAAUUAUUUCUUCCUAUACCCAACGGGAAUUCACAAACCACGAAGACAGAAUCGCAGCGUUGGCGGGGCUUGCACAUCGAUUUCACUCAUUUCAGAGUAACAAUGAGUAUUGCUGUGGUAUGUGGCGAAGCCGUCUUUCCGAAUACCUUCUUUGGCGUCAUGGUAUGUAUGAGGGCCUGGCAUGGGGCUGGUGUAUCUAUCCACUGGCGUCCAAAUUACCUGAACAGGUGAGAGAGUUUGCACCAUCUUGGAGUUUGAUACACCACGGAAAUGUCGAUUACUCAUAUAUUGAUGAUGCUAUUGGCCAUGAGAACUCGGACAGUGCACGAUUGAGAGACGAGACACUUCAGCUGAAAUGGAUACAAUCAAACAGCAUGGAAGAUAUUUUCAUUUCCUGGAAGGGCCAGCAGCUUGAGGUUAGAGGUUUUACAGCUCAGUUUCCCUUUGACAUCGUCGAUAGCCCUUCAGACGUAGAGACAGAGGAAGUCAACACUGAGCUCUUUUGGACGUGGACUAUUUCUGACGAAUAUUUCUGCCACGCAAACUGGGACAAUCUUCAUUUGGGUUACUGGGACGAUUAUAUCAAUCAUGAUGACUUCCGAAACGUCGCUAUGUUGUUGUUGAGUAGUGGGCGACCCAAGAACGAGGAAGACUCUGACAUCGAGGGCUCGGAUGAUGAUGAAGAAAUUACCGGCUCAGCAAGAUCAGCUGAGACAGUGGGCGACCCUGAGGAUCGUGAAAGCGACAGCGUUGACCCUUUGAUUCGAGACCGACACGGUCGAAUUGCAUUUGGCUUGUUUCUUUACCCGGCAAUGGAGGACAGUAACAAAUUUUACAGAGUGGGGACGUGGCAUUCGUUUCCAACAGCAAACGGCGGGCUAGAGAGGUUCAAACUGAAUGCCAAGAUAAGGGACUUAACUAUAGUAUGA